CCCGCCCUCCAGUCCCUCCCAGGGACCGCUGUGCGGCUUGGACCGCGGCGUCGGUGGCGGGUGCACUCUCUGGGUUGCACCUCGAGCAGGGCUCUAGCGUGCUCGCAACGAAGCCGCCUGAGUCCGAGGAACCGGCUGACAGGGAGGGAAGGAGGGAAUUCUGGGCUGCCGAGCCGCCGCGCGCAGCCCGGUCCCACCCGGCGGGGAAGCCCUUAGAUUCCCGGCACGUCGAGCCGAGGGCGGGUGGGGCAAGGGUCCCAGGACACCGCCGCCAGCCUUUCGGCACUGACUGGACCGUGCGGGGCUCGCUCCCCGAAAGCAACACCCCGGUCCGCGGCCCCACGCGGCGGGAGCCGGGCUGCGCAGAGGGAGGAAGCGAGAGGGGCCGUCCUCCUCCCGGAGUUGGAAGCGCCUUCCACGGGUUCAAAAUGCCCAAGAAGAAGCCGACGCCCAUCCAGUUGAACCCGGCCCCGGACGGCUCUGCGGUUAACGGGACCAGCUCGGCGGAGACCAACCUGGAGGCCUUGCAGAAGAAGCUGGAGGAGCUGGAGCUUGAUGAACAGCAGCGGAAGCGCCUUGAGGCCUUUCUUACCCAGAAGCAGAAGGUUGGGGAACUGAAGGAUGAUGACUUUGAGAAGAUCAGUGAGCUGGGUGCUGGCAACGGCGGGGUGGUAUUCAAGGUCUCCCACAAGCCAUCCGGCCUGGUCAUGGCCAGAAAGCUAAUUCACCUGGAGAUCAAACCUGCAAUCCGGAACCAGAUCAUAAGAGAGCUGCAGGUUCUGCAUGAGUGCAACUCCCCGUACAUCGUGGGCUUCUAUGGUGCAUUUUACAGUGAUGGUGAGAUCAGCAUCUGCAUGGAGCACAUGGACGGCGGUUCCUUAGAUCAAGUCCUGAAGAAAGCUGGAAGAAUUCCUGAACAAAUUUUAGGAAAAGUUAGCAUUGCUGUAAUAAAGGGACUGACAUAUCUGAGGGAGAAGCACAAGAUUAUGCAUAGAGAUGUCAAGCCCUCCAACAUCUUGGUGAAUUCCCGAGGGGAGAUCAAGCUCUGUGACUUUGGGGUCAGCGGGCAGCUCAUUGACUCCAUGGCCAAUUCCUUUGUGGGCACAAGGUCCUACAUGUCGCCAGAAAGACUCCAGGGAACUCAUUAUUCUGUGCAGUCGGACAUCUGGAGCAUGGGGCUCUCUCUGGUUGAGAUGGCGGUGGGAAGGUAUCCCAUCCCUCCUCCAGAUGCCAAGGAGUUGGAGCUGAUGUUUGGGUGUCAGGUGGAGGGAGACGCAGCUGAGACACCACCCAGGCCAAGGACCCCUGGGAGGCCCCUCAGCUCUUAUGGAAUGGACAGCCGACCGCCCAUGGCAAUUUUUGAGUUGUUGGAUUACAUAGUCAACGAGCCUCCUCCAAAACUGCCCAGUGGAGUAUUCAGUCUGGAAUUUCAAGAUUUUGUGAAUAAAUGCCUAAUAAAAAACCCUGCUGAGAGAGCAGAUUUGAAGCAGCUCAUGGUUCAUGCUUUUAUCAAAAGAUCUGAUGCUGAAGAAGUGGAUUUUGCAGGCUGGCUCUGCUCCACCAUUGGCCUUAACCAGCCUAGCACACCAACCCAUGUGGCUAGUAUCUAAGCAUUUGGGAAGCAGCAAAGAGCAAGUCACCUGCCCAGUGUCAUGCCAUUGCUUUUGGGCCUCUUUUUCAUGCUUGACGCCAAUCAGGCGUAUUAUUUCACCUAUGACAAAGAACGAAGAACACAGCAUGUGCCAAAAUUCUACUCAUGUCAUUUUUACUCUUACUGUCUUUUUUCUUAUUUACACUUGUUUCCCCUGAGUGGAUUGGCUUUGUGCUUGGGGCAUUUGUGUGUAUGUUGAUCAAAACACGUGCAAUGCUGAAUUACAGUGAAACUUUGGUGACUGUGGGUAGUUAUUCCUACUGAAAACUGCACUGCUGUUCCCUCACCUUGACUAGCUGGCUGCCUUUGUUUUCAGGACUCUUUGACACUUGGUGGUACUUCAUUUUUGCCGGGCGUUCCUUCUCUAUUCAGUAGGGUGGAGGAGCCCUGUGAGAUCCUUCACAAGCAGUGCAUGUGAAGCAUGCUUUGCUGCUAUGAAAAUAAGCAUCAGAAAGUGUAUAUCGUGUUAUUUUAUUUUUUUUUUUUUGCUUUUGAUAUAGAAUUCAGCAGUUUCCAUCAAAAUCUAGCCAGAGCCCUUCACUGCCAUGAUAGACUUCCCCAGUCUGUCUUCUGUGAUGACUUGUAGACUUCUGGUUGUAUUUCUAUAUUUAUUUUUAAAUAUGCUGUGUGGGAUAUUUAGUGGUGUAUGACUCUUUAAGUUUGAAUUGAUGUUUCUAAAAUGGUGGUUAUUUUGAAUGUUACAAAUGGAUCAAGGCAUUAAAAUGUGUCAGAUUUAUCUUUUCCUGAAUCCAAGUACUGAUGCUAUUGUUAAACAACAGUGUGUAUGGUGCCUAAAAAUUGUAUGAAAAUCCUUUUAACCAUUUUAAUCCAGAUGUUUAACAAAUCUAAUCUCUUAUUCUAAUAAAUAUACUAUCAAGUUUAAAAAUAUA